CAACAGUACAGCAAUAAAAAAAAUCCCCACUUAUUUUAAAGGAUUUCAACAGAUUUUGAUGUUCAAUUGAAUUUAUCUUGAUUUAUUUUUGCACCGGGAUUUUUGUCUCCGAUGUGCAUUUUUUAGUUUGCGGCGUCUUUUGCCCUGCAUCUCACGGCGCCUUUUGACAGGUUUUUCUGUCCGUGCUCGCUGUGAUUUAGUCAUUUUGCCACUAUACCACCGGGGACAAUACUAAAAGAGUGCUUUUUUGUCUCCCGAACGUGCAGAGUAGCGGGUUCUACACAUACUUCGUAUUAGUGAUAAUGAUGAGUUUUCUUUGAUACACUCGCAGAUUUACAGCAAGCAAGUACUAAAUUAUUAUCAUUUUAUCACUCGCUUAUACCUUACGGUCCUUACCUAAUUACGAUUUACGAUAUUGAUCUGCCACAUGAUUGUUUUGGUUUUAUCCGCCAUGAAAUGCGAACCCGAAUCCGUUGAGCACAAACACCACUCCGAACAGUCUCGUAUUACGAAAAGCUUCUCGGAACACCACGUCGUCCCCGAUGUCCUGGAUUUCUCACCUGCAUCGGUUCUCGAUAUCAAAUAUCGUCCCGGAGUGGCGGGAAACCUGGGUAAUGAGCUGAAGGUCGACGAUGUGAAGGAAGCCCCUGAAGUGGUAUGGACGGCGGAUGUGUCUAAAUUCUACACGCUCAUCGCCAUCCGGACGCGCCAUCGCGUGCACAACCUUCUAAUCGGGAGUAUCAACAUUGGCUCGUGGGGAAUAUCCCGGGAGGGAAUGUCAAGGAGGGGAAGAUCUUCACCGAAUACAAACCUCCGCUGCCUCCGCAUGGCUCCGGAUUGCACCGAUAUGUGUUCAUGGUGUUCGAGCAACCCGAUCGCAUAUCAUUCGAUCUGCCGCAUAUUAGCUCCUCUUCGUCGGCCAAAGGACCAUCCCGAGCUAAAUUCAGCACGAAACAGUUCGCACGACAUUAUCAGUUGGGUGCUGUGGUCGCAGCUAAUUUCUUCCAGGUUCAAGCCUGAUAGGACAAAGGUGUACCGUAUGCUCAGGGAAAUUCAUUCGAAUUGCCGAAGGCUUUCAAGAGGAUCUUUUUAGUGCAGCUAGGUGAUUUCUUUGUCAUGUAGGUAGU